AUGUUGACAGUCAUAAAUGGAAAUCAAUCUUCCGAAAGUGAAUUUCAUGUAGUUCCGACAAAUUUUCCGACAAUUAUGGGCGAUGGUAUUUUGGGAAAACCAUUUUUAACGGAGAAUCAAAUUGUCAUUGACGUAGGAAAAGGGGAAAUUACAUCAAAAUUAGAUGACGUCACAACUAUUCCAGCUAGAUGUGAAACAAUUAUUCCAGUAGAUGUGUCAGAUCUACAAAUUCAAGAACAUCAGAGCAUACUAGUUUACGCUCAAAAUAUAAAUAAUGAAAUAAUAUGUGGAAAUAUAUUAAAUAAAGUAAAAAAUCAUCAGAUUCUCAUAAGUAUAAUUAACCCAACAGAAACUCAGAUUGUGGUACCUACACCAAAACUAACAGAGUUAUCACACGAAAUAAUAAAUGAAGAAUCAAUAAAACAUUUUAUACAUACUAAUAAGGUAACAAAAAAUGAACAAAAUCGGACUCAACUUCUAAAGAACUUUCUCAAAACAGAUCAUAUGAAUCUUGAAGAAAAAGUAUCUAUUGAAGAAUUAUGCAGUGAAUUUUCCGAUAUAUUUUUAUCACGCCGCCACUGGUUGUGGACAGGAGUCGGCGACGGCGGACAAAUCUUCACAUCACCGCGAAAGUCACCGCUGAACGGGAACGAGAGCGAUGUUUGA